UUCCCGCUCCCAGCUUCGCGGACCACGGUUACGUUGAGCGCUUAUCGUCAUACACCAUUUACAUUUCACCUUGUCGUCGUCGUCGUCGUCGUCGAUAAUCGACGCAAGAUGGCAACCAUGGAAGACGGGCUGUUUGCUCGCCAUAUCCAGAAUUUCAGCGAGGCCACCAGCACAGAGAAGCAUUGGGGUUACGUCGACCGAGCCGUACCGUGUACUAACGAUGCCGGAUCCUGUGCCUACUUGGACCAGGUCUACGGAGCACAUGACUUGACCAUGCUUUAUACUGGAAUAUUUUGGGCCAUAGUCGCUGGGAUCUUACUUAUAUGGACUGUCGUAAGACGAGUUUUUCCAACCCCUCGUGCCGAUGAGGUAGCUACAGGCACUGCCGAUACCGAGACUCUAGUCAAGAAGAUUAGCCAACGCUCACGAUUGAGAAGGACAGCCGCUUCGUUAAUCCGCGGAUACUUAUUACCAGACUCAACUCGAUUCGUCUUUGGUCGAACAACAAGGCUACAAGUUCUCAUCCUGGUGAUCCUAGCAAGCUACCUAUUAAUAUUCAGCUUUGUUGGAAUCGUAUACCAAACUUGGAUCACGCCGGUAAAGAAGAUGCCCGGUGUGUACAACACUAGGACGAGUCUUGGCCCGUGGUCCGAUCGAGUUGGGGUAUGGGCCUAUGCCCUUACUCCGCUCUCGAUUCUAUUGUCAAGCAGGGAGUCGAUUCUUUCCCAGAUCACGGGCCUUCCGUAUCAGAGCUUCAACUUCCUUCACCGAUGGCUGGGUUAUAUUAUCGUGAUUCAAGGAUCUCUACACACCAUUGGCUGGACCGUCAUCGAAGUCCGCCUUUACCAGCCUCAGCCAACGGUCGCGAUAGAGUGGAUAGUACAACCAUACAUAAUCUGGGGGGUUGUUGCCCAGAUCCUGCUUCUAAUGAUCUUCAUCCUGAGCACGCCCUGGGGUAUCCGCCUCACUGGCUACGAGUUCUUUCGAAAAGCCCAUUAUGUGUUGGCGAUGGUUUAUAUAGGGGCAUGCUAUGCUCACUGGGAGAGCUUGAGAUGCUUCUUGAUUCCUGGACUGAUUAUCUGGGGCUUAGAUCGCGGAAUUAGAUUUACGCGCUCAGCACUCAUCCACUACCAAUACCUGCCUAGCGGGUCGAUGGGUUUCAAAGCAGCACAGGCAUCUUUGACCUAUUUCCCUGAUGCCGACCAUGGCGAUGUGGUGAGGAUGGAUUUCCAACAACCCCAGGACGCUUGGAGUAUUGGAAAGCACUUUUAUUUAUGCUUUACCGAAUGCAGUAUAUGGCAGUCGCAUCCUUUUACACCGCUCAAUCUGCCAAAGGUACAAGACGGAGUUGUGUCGCACUCGUACAUUCUCAGGGCGAAGAAAGGGGAGACUAAGAAUAUCGCUGCAUUGGCUGCGAAGAAACUAGCUGCAGCACCGAGCGCCACGACACCUGUGAUUUUAUCCGGCCCCUAUGGAGAGUUGAUAGUAGAGCACUUGACCCCCGACGUCAAUGUGCUUUGCGUGGCAGGUGGAACGGGAAUCACAUACGUCUUACCCGUACUCCUUAGCCUGGCGGAGAAACCGGAAAUAAAUGACCGACGAAUUCAGCUGGUCUGGGCGGUUAGAAGAAAGGAUGAUACACGAUGGAUCGAGAAAGAACUCAGAAUCAUCCGCAAGGCAGCCAAAGUACACAAAAUACAAAUCCGCGUGUAUGUGACGCGGGAAGGAAGCAGCAAAAGCCCAUCACUCAGUGAUAAUAUAUCGGAGAAGGAUGUGAUGGCCGUGAAGGAAACCGGAGUGUCUGCGCCUUCAAUCUCAUCAAUGAAUGAGGUCCGGACAAACUCAACCGUCGACGUUCAAAGGAUAGGGGGAGAGGGUUUCGAUCGACAUCCCGACCUCAACAAAGUGGUCAAAGACUUUGUAGAGGGAACCGUAAGGGGUUCUACGAGUGUGUAUGCUAGCGGACCUGGCAGCAUGAUCAGUGAUUUAAGGAGUAUCGUGGCAUCUUGCAAUUCGGGUGCAAAGGUUUGGCAAGGGAAUGAGCGAUAUGAUGUUAAGUUAAUAUGUGAUGACCGACUUGAGUGGUAGAAGCCCACUUGAGCAGAAAUGAAGCAUAAAUCAAACAGCGAAUAAUAUUCAAUAUGAUAAUCAUCGUGCUUAUGUGUCCAGUUAAGU